AUGUCACAAGUUACUUAUCUAUCACUAAUUGGUUAUUAUGAAUUGCUGAAAACAAUCGGUAAUGGUGGGUUUGACAAAGUAAAACAAGCAAUACAUUUACUUACGGGCGAAUUUGUAGCUAUUAAAAUAGUUGAUAAAGCUAAAUUAGGUAGUGAUCUAGCUCGUAUUGCGCCAGAAUUAAAAGCAAUGAAAGAUUUGCGUCAUCAACAUAUGUAUCAACUUUAUCAAGUUAUUGAAAAGAAUGAAUAUUAUUUUCUAGUCUUAGAAUAUUUUUGUAAUGGUGAAUUAUUCGAUUAUAUUAUCAAUCGAAAUCAUCUAUCCAAAGAACAAGCUCGAUAUUUCUUUCGUCAAAUUGUUUCAACUGUUGCUUAUAUGCAUAAAAAAGGUUAUUGUCAUCGUGAUCUUAAGCCAGGUGAUAUUAAUUUAGUAUAUUUAGGUACAGCUUGUGGUAGUCCAGCAUAUGCUGCACCGGAAAUUCUUGCUGAAACGAAUUAUCGAGGUGACGUGAAUGUUAUCUAUCAUAUAUCAUCAUAUUUAUCACAAGAAAGUGUUGCAUUACUUCGUCUUAUGCUUCAAAUUGAUCCAACUAAACGAAUUCGUAUAGAUGAUCUUCUUUGUCAUUCAUUACUUAUAAAUCAUGUUUAUACUGAACCUGCCAAAUGA